GACAUGCACCCUGAUAUCCAUCUCUCCCUCCUCUUAACGCUGCUGCUUCUUCAAGUCCAGCAGAGCGCCUCAGUGCAGGAGAUCCAAACCAGCCAUGAAAACAUCAUCAAGAUCAAUUCAGCAGGCGAAAUGAUGAUGUGCUCAGCAGCCAUGGAUAUCCUUUUCCUCAUGGAUGGUUCUUACAGCGUGGGGAAGGGCAGCUUUGAGAGGUGCAAACACUACGCCAUCAAACUCUGUCAGGCACUCGACAUCGGACCGGACAAAGUGCGAGUCGGCUUGAUUCAGUUUGGUUCCACUCCUCGGCUGGAGUUCGCCCUGGACUCAUACACCACCAAACAAGAGCUGAAGAAGCACUUGAAGAAGAUUUCUUACAGGGGAGGCAGCACCCAGACAGGCCUGGCUCUCAAGUACGUGCUGAGGAAGGGUUUCCCAGGCAGCCGUAACUCCUCUGCCGCAGUGCGGAUUGUCAUCCUCUUAUCAGAUGGGAAGUCUCAGGGCAACGUGGUGCAGGCGGCGGAGCAGCUCAGAGAGACCGGCGUGGUUGUGUUUGCUGUGGGCAUCCGCUACCCCAAGUGGGAGGAGCUACAUGCUUUGGCCAGUGAGCCAAUGGAGAGCCACGUCUUCUUCGCAGAGCAUUUCCUCGAUGCUGUCAACGGCCUUUACACCACACUGACCACCUCUUCUGUCUGCAAUGCCACACCUGCAGGCUGUCAGAUGGAGUCGUUUCCCUGCGAGAGGAAAACACUGGAGACGGUGAAAGAGCUGCAGGGGAAUUACAUGUGUUGGAAAGGCUCCAAGGGGUAUUCACCACACACGUCUCUCUGUCCAUACUACAGGUACAACAAGAUGUACAAGAGACACCAGACAGUCUGCCAUCGGACUAUCUGUCCAGAUCCCUGCGACUCUCAGCCCUGUCUGAAUGGUGGAACAUGUGUAUCAGAAGGUCCAGAGGGUUACCACUGCAAAUGUCCACCUGGCUAUGGAGGAGACCCACACUGUGCUCCUGCAUUAUCACUGGACUGCUCCGUGGACCUGCUGUUCCUGAUGGAGGGCUCUGCCACGCUCACCUUGGAGGGCUUCCUCCACCUCAAGUCCUUCCUAAAACGCUUCCUGCGCACUGUGAUCGGGUCCAACAGCCCCAGUAGAGUCGGCCUGGCUGUGUUUGGUGGAGACACCAAGGUCGAGGCCCCAGUGGACAACUUCAAAGGGGAUCUGAGAGGUCUGCUUAAGGCCGUUGAGGCACUUGAGCCAAUAGGCGGCGAAACCCUGACAGGCCAGGCGCUUCGCUAUGUCACACGUCACGGCUUUGUGAGUGCGCCAGUGUUUGCGGAUGUCACAGAUGACCUGCCCCGUGUGGUGGUGCUGCUCACUGCCACUCCUGCUGUGGACGAGGUGGUAGAGCCCUCUAAAUACGCACGAGACAGAGAGAUCUUCCUCAUAGGGGUGGGACCAGACUACUUAAGGGGACAACUGAAUAAUAUCACAGGGAAUCCUCAGAGGACUAUCACCUACACGCCACCUGAGUUCAGUGCCAAGAUCCCUGAACUGAAGGCUAAGAUCUGCAGUGUGGAUACUCAAGGUUGUUUGGGCCAAGCAGUGGACCUGGUGUUCGCCCUGGACGCCUCAGGUGGUGUCAGCCCUGAUAAUUUUAGCACCCUCCGUGACUUUGUGCGCAGCCUCACUGUCCAGUUUGACAUCAACCGUGACGUGGCUCAAGUGGCCCUCGUGGCCUACGGUCGGAGAGCCACCACCGUCUUCAACCUGGACACCCACGAGACUGGUUCUGCCAUCCUCAAGGCUGUUGGUGAUGCCAACUACAUGGGCGGAAUGGCUUCAACUGGCGCAGCUUUGCUUCACGUUCACUCCAACGUCCUCACGGUGGCCAAAGGUGCACGGCCUGGAGUCAACAAGGCCGUGGUAGUGGUGACAGACGGUUCAGGCAGUGAUGACGCUGUUGUUCCAGCUCAAAAGAUUAAAGAUAACGGAGUUUCGCUGUUUGUGAUCGGCAUUGGAGAUGUACAGAGAGAGAGGCUGCAGCAGAUUGCUGGUUCAGAGGAACACAUGAUCGCGGUGCCGUCUUACGAAGAUCUCAAGUACUUUGAGGAUGUUCUGGUGCAGAUGCUGUGUUCAGAGGUUAAAAAGCCGGUAAACCUGUGCAAGCCCAACCCGUGUAUGAAUGACGGGACCUGCAUCCUGUCUGGAGGGAGCUUCCGCUGUCAGUGCCGAGGCUAUGAAGGACCACACUGUGAAACAAGAAGCAGCAGGUCUUCAUCCAGAGGAGAUCUCCCGAGGCCUGCAGGUCUCAGGAAGAAGAGCAGGCAGAAGAAGAGUCACCAGGAGCUCCUGCAUCUCUACAAACUACACCGUAGGAGACACACUGCCUGAUACACACAUAAACACACAUACUUUACACAAAACCAAGUCGCUUAUGGACACUUAAGAGAACAAGGACGUCUGCCGGUCCACAGUGGAGUAAAAGGGAAACAUUAAGGUUACUGUUUUAGUAUUUAAACAUGAACUUAAACUUCAAUAAGUGCCUUCAAACUGUGUGUAUUUCUACUGUUUGUUACUGCGCUCACUGUUUUGCAAUUGUCUCAACAUGGUUUUCUUGUUUAUUCAAAGAUGUAAACUUUUUUAUAUUAUAGUGUA